AUGGAUUCUGGACUUCAUUGGGCUGCCAACCCCAUUCCCUGGAGCACCGUCUCUGCCCCCAACGCCACCACACCCUGGCUGGGAAGGGAUGAGGAGCUGGCCAAGGUGGAGAUCGGAGUCCUGGCCAUUGUCUUGGUGCUGACGACGGGGGGCAAUCUGACUGUGCUGCUGACACUGGGCCAGCAGGGCCCCAAGCGUGCCCGCAUGCACCUGUUUGUGCUGCACCUGGCCCUGACAGACCUGGGCGUGGCACUCUUCCAGGUGCUGCCCCAGCUGCUAUGGGACAUCACCUACCGCUUCCAGGGCCCUGACCUCCUCUGCCGGGCUGUCAAAUACCUGCAGGCAGUCAGCAUGUUCGCUUCCACCUACAUGCUGUUGGCCAUGACGCUGGACCGCUACCUGGCCGUGUGUCACCCCCUGCGCAGCCUCCAGCAGCCCAGCCAGUCUACCUAUCCACUCAUCGCUGCCCCCUGGCUGUUGGCUGCCAUCCUCAGCCUCCCUCAAGUCUUCAUUUUUUCUUUGAGGGAAGUGAUUCAGGGUUCGGGGGUGUUGGACUGCUGGGCAGACUUUGGCUUCCCUUGGGGGCCACGGGCCUACAUCACCUGGACUGCCUUGGCCAUCUUCAUCCUACCUGUGGCUAUGCUCACAGCCUGCUACAGCCUCAUCUGCUACGAGAUCUGUAAGAACCUCAAAGUCAAGACACAGACCUGGAGGGUAGAAGGAGGGGGCUGGAAGACUUGGGACAGGGCCUCGCCUUCCGCCCCAGCUGCAGCCGUGAGGGGACUACCAUCUCGGGUCAGCAGCAUCAGCACUAUCUCUCGGGCCAAGAUCCGAACCGUGAAGAUGACCUUCAUCAUUGUGCUGGCCUACAUCGCCUGCUGGGCGCCGUUUUUCAGUGUUCAGAUGUGGACUGUGUGGGACAAGAAUGCCCCUGAUGAAGAUUCAACCAAUGUGUUUUUCACCAUUUCCAUGCUUUUGGGCAACCUCAGCAGCUGCUGCAACCCCUGGAUCUACAUGGGCUUCAACAGACACUUGUGGCCGCACACCUUGCGCCAUCUGGCCUGCUGCGGGGGUCCUCAGCCCCGGAUGCGCAGACAGCUCUCCAAUGGUAGCUUCUCCAGCCGCCGCACCACGUUGCUGCUGACCCGCUCCAGCUGCCCGCCCACCCUCAGCCCCAGCCUCAGCGGGAGGCCCGGGCCUGAAGAGUCAGUGAAGGACUCAGAGCAGGUGGAUGGGGAAGGCAUCACUGAGAUCGGCAUCUUUUAG